CGCGCCUCGCCUCGCCUCGCCUCCUCCUGUCUCCCCGUAGCCCCCGGGCGGGCCAGGCGGCGGCAGGCGGCCGUUCCCAACAUGAGCAGCGAUACACCACGCCUGUCCCCAGGACUGGGAGCAGGACGCGGCUUUCUGGCAGAGCUUCCUACCGAGCUGUGAGUCCUUUGUCAUGGCCAACAAGAAGGAGCCUCCUUUCUUCAAUGAGGAUAACAUGGAGCCGUUUCACUACAAACUCCCCUUUUAUGAAACCAUGGAGCUCUUCAUUGAAACGCUCACAGGGACGUGCUUCGAGCUGCGCGUUUCGCCCUUUGAAACUGUGAUUUCCGUCAAAGCAAAGAUUCAGAGGCUGGAAGGUAUUCCCAUCUCUCAGCAGCACUUAAUUUGGAAUAAUGUGGAACUCAAAGAUGACUAUUGUUUGAAUGAUUAUAACAUUUCAGAAGGCUGCACUCUGAAGUUAGUUCUGGCUAUGCGAGGUGGACCUAUUAACACUAGGAGAGUUCCUGUAGAAGAUCCUAUAAGGGAAAUAGCUGAAUACAUGGAUCCCAGCAGAGAUGAGAUCUGGGAGAAAGGGCCAUCUAACAAACAAGUUACCUUCUUAGUAUAUCGAGAAGGAGAUCACUUGAAUUUCUUCCGUGUAGUAGACCGAGGAGAUGGUACUUUAACUCCAUUGUCUGAAUCUUUGAGUGGUGGUUCAGUUUAUAACUUAUAUGCUGAUGAUGAAGAUGAGGCAGAGGCAUCACCUUCUGGCCAACAGAUUAUUGAAAAUUCAAUUACUAUGAAUAAAAUGAAACUGCUCAAGGCGAAGAUGGAAAACAUGAAUCUAAGUAAAAAGCCCAAAAAGACUGUCAAGGUGAAACCUCGUCCUCCAACAGCUCCUCGACCAUCCAGUGGCUCGGCGGCUGCUGCUCGCCACCGGUUUUUAAGAGUGCUCCCUCAUAUUGGACAGUCCUGCCUACCUCCUUCUGGGAAUGCAUAUCCUUCAGAGUCUUCUCAAAAUGCACUUACAGCACUGGCUUCUUUGGCCACGACUGGUAGAACAAUGCCAUCCUCAGCUAAUGACUUUCUUAAGGAAGACAACACUUGGCAGAGCAAUUCUUGGUCUCAGUCAGUUGGUAGCAUCAGGUUACCACCCAAAAUAUCUCGUGUUGAACUAGAAAAUGCAAAAGUACCUACAAAUAGUAUUUUGCCUCCUGUUUCAUCUCUGUCUGCAAAUUUGGAAAAAGCGUCUGAAAAUGUGACUUCAGCAACAGAGGAAGAUUCUGUUUUGUAUCCAAAUCUAACAAAUGUAGAACUGUGUGGAACAGAGGAAAAACUUCUGUCUGAAACAGAUACUUUCGCGUUGUUUACAGAAGCAAACACCACUGAACAGUGUAGUGAGAUACAUGAGACAGGAAAGGGGAACUCGGAACUUGAACUGGCUAAUGGAGAUGAAGAACCUAAGGUUAUAGAACAGCACAAAAAACCUAUAAGUAAAAUACUGAGCACUGCAGCGAUGGGAACUGGACUUCUCAGUACUCGUCAAUUAAGUCCUCAAAAAAGUAUGCUUUUGUCACCUCUUUGGUAUUCAUCGCAAGUGGCACAUCACAGUUCUUUGAAACCACAAACACAACCCAAAUGCUUUGAGUCUUGUAACUUGAGAACUACAACCUCACCAGACACACUCCGAUCCUUGGAAGUCCGUAGUAUAGCAGAUUCCUCUUUUUCUAGGACUGCUAGAUUUCAUAGCAUGAAACUAGAUUCGCUUAGCAAAAGACCUGAUAUAAUUGCUAAAGCAGAAGCCAGAGGCAUUGCAGAUGUGGCUAACAAGGCAUCCAAAGAACCUGUGAGUUCUGUAAAUAACUUAGGAUUUCUAGCUUCGCUGGCCCGAAGUGCAAGCAGGGAAAGUUCACAGAGUUCUUAUGGGACUGGGAGGUUUCGGACUUCUGGUAUUGCACUACCUACAAACCUUCAGAAUUUUCAUGAAGAAAGCUUUAGGAAAACUGCUCCUCCAAAUGAAGCUGCUGAAUAUAUCCUAUCUGCGCGUGGGCUUGGAAUGAAUGGAAGUAAUGCAGCUGUAGGGAAAAGAGUAGCAGGUGAAGUAACCCAUCUUCCACCUGUGAAUGGCUCAAUUCAAGCAAAAAAGAAAAUUUCAAAGCACUGCUUUCUCUGUGGCAAGAAAACUGGAUUGGCAACCAGCUAUGAGUGCAGAUGUGGAAACAACUUCUGUGCAACUCACCGCUAUGCAGAGACUCACACCUGCACCUACGACUAUAAGAGUGCAGGGAGAAGGUAUUUACAGAAGACCAAUCCCAUCGUUAGUGCACCAAAGCUUCCCAAAAUCUAAUGUGGUUGUGCUGCAUGUGGCCAUUCUGCCAUUGAAGAGUUGUAUUUCAUUGAGAGAAGCACUUGCUUAAACUGCAUAAUUUUGCCAUGCUUCAUAUCUGAGGAUUUGCCAAGUAUCAAAAGCACACAAGGAUGCAUCCUAUGGAAGAAUAAUGUGAACACUACUGCAGUUACAACUUUUCUUCUUUAGUGAAUGAAAAGUUAGUUUUUAAAAACUUACACUAUGAUUUAACUGUUACUGCACGUCUUGUGUUGUGUUUUAUAAUUGGAAAAGGUAUUUCACUAGACAAGUCUUUUAAAGAUGCACUUUACUGACUUAAUUUACAGUAUAAGCAGACUUGAGGGGGUGUUGUAAUGAGGGCGUCAUGUAAUGUCUUCUGUACUUUUGCAUUUUUUGUCCAUUGUGUGGUAUCUAAGUUAUUUCACUGGAAAGAUCCUCCUCCCUUCCCUUUUUUCAAACUGCCUGUUUUGACCAAGGCAGUCGUGUACUCUGCUCCCCGUUCUUUUCAGAUCGGUAUUCAUACACUGUGUAUCCAUUCUGAAAGUAACAUCAUGUUAAUCACAUUUUCUUAAAAUAAUUCUGUUUAUAUUACAAAUUUGUUUUUAAGUAGAAAAUUCCACUUGCUGACAUUAAAUAUAAAGAACAACUUAUUUUACCUUUAUUUUUUUUGUAAACCUGGAUUUUUUUAAGACUUCACAGCUUG